AUGGGUUUUUUUAAAAAAAAAGAAAAGAAAUCAGAAUUUGAUGUCUUUCGUCUAUACGGAUCGCGUCACCCAGAGCCGGGACAAUGUGAUGAGAUAACUACAAGAGGUCAUUCUCUAUCCAUGUCUGUUGACAAAGCACGAAGAGUAAUUGAUCAGAUACGCGGUCGUUCCUACGCCGAAACACUUAUGAUAUUAGAACUCAUGCCCUAUCGAGCAUGUUAUCCUAUUUUUAAAUUGAUUUAUUCUGCAGCAGCAAAUGCUAGCCACAAUAAACAAUUCAACAAAGCAAAUUUAAUUAUUAGCAAAGCUGACGUUAAUAAAGGUAUUACCUUAAAAAAAUUAAAACCGCGAGCUCGAGGGCGUAGUUAUCUGAUUAAAAAACCUACUUGUCACAUAACUAUUGUAUUAAGAGAUAUAACCCACUUUGAUUCAUAUGAGAAAUUUUUAGAGAGUUUACCUCCAAAAAAGCUAAUAACUUCCUUAGGUCUUAUGUCUACAGGUCGACGACGCGAAUUCUUGUGUGGUCGUUUUAGAGAAAAGCAUAAAAUAAAGAGUUUCUUAUACAAUAUAGCCUUUGUAUGA